AUGCUGGAGGUGCCGGGGGUUGACAGAGAGGAGAAGGCUGAUGCCCUGGCGGACAGGCUUCGUGUGGUGCUGUCGGGGGAGGCCUUGGUGGGGAGGCCCGUCAAAUGUGCGGACCUCCUUAUUCGGGACCUUGACGACAGCGUCACUGAGAGGGAUGUGACGGAGGCGGUGGCUGCCAUGGGUGGGUGCCCGGCUGAAGCGAUCAAGCCGGGUAAGAUUUUGAGGCGUGGGAUACGGGGCUUGGGGAGAUGUUCCUCAUGUGUCCGGUCGCCGCCGCCCAGAAAGUGUGCCAAGGAAAGCUCCUCAUUGGGUGGAGCUCCUGUCGGGUUGAAAUCCGAGAGGACCGCCCUUUGA